AUGCGUGUUCUCCUCCUCCUAGACGUUCAAGUCGCUCUCCUUGCUGAUCCGCCAGCAGGUGUCCCUUCGUCGAUAUCCAUCCGCAGAAAUAUCGAACAAAUAUUGAAUUCAGCUCGUACCGCACAUCCGCCACCGAUGAUAAUUCACGUUCGAAAUACGGGAGAUGCAGGAGACGCUGAUGAACCAAAUACUCCGGGCUGGGAGCUCCUGUACGCGCCGCUUCCACAGGAGCACGUUAUUGAUAAGUUGAAGAACAACGCUUUCACCGGCACAGAGUUGGGUGACCUUAUCCAUCCGCAUGCCGAGAUAGUGAUCAUAGGUUUACUUUCGGAUUUCGCACUCAAAUCGACUUGUAGCGCUGCUGUGGCUCGUGGCAACGAGGUGCUGUUGAUACGGGGUGCCCACGGGACGUAUGACCGUCUAGAGGUACUAUAUGGGGGAGGAAUGACGCCAGCAGCUGCCAUUGAGGCAGCGGUCGAGGUCGAAUUGGAAGACGCUGGUGCACAUAUCCUGGAUAUGAAAGAUCUUCAGGGCAUCUUCAACAAUCGGUAG